AGUACAAUUCAUUAAAAAAUUUAACUAUUAUAAGUUUAAUUUUCACGAACAACCCAAAAUAUUUUAAUAUUUUGAAAGUUCUCAUGUACACUUCGAAAUAGGCCUAUUUCAAUAUAUCUAAUUUAUGUAUUGAUCACAUAUUCGACAAUGAACUAAUUCAUGAUGUAGCUUAAAAAAAAUGUAACUAGCUGCCAGGGGCGGACCCAAGGGUGUUUAGGGGUGUCCCCGGACACCCCUAAAUUUUGGGAAAACGAUUAUCCAACCCCCAGUAGUAAUUUACGUAUUGACAAAAAAAUUAUAAUUGAUAGUCGGGGACAUCCCUAAAUUUAAAAAAGUGAUUAUCCUACUCUCAUCUUUUAGUUUGAGGAUGAGAAUAUAAGUCGUAAUUUGGGUAAUUCGAACCUAGGACACUUUUAUUAUUAAUAAACAUAAUUUUCAUUAGGCUACAACUCAUGUUAUUCGAUUUUAAACACUGUGUAAUAGUAUAAUGUCAUUCUCUAUCUCUAAUUAUUUUCAAAAUCUAACAAUUAAACAAAUUUCAAGCUACCCUUAAUUUGUAUUGAUUUAUGGUUGUACAACAAGUAUUGAAAGAGUCUUUUCAGCUUUGGAUUACAUCAAGAACAAGUUUAGAAAUUGAAUAUGUGAUCAGUUCGUGAAUGAUUGUCUAAUAUGAUAUACAAAGACAAUUUUUUUUGAAUAGUGUAGACCCCAAGUGUGUUCUACAAUCAUUUUUUAAUAUGAAAACAAAAUGUGAAUUUUUUCAAACUGUAUGAGUAAAGUAUUUCUUAUUUAAAUAUUAUUUAUUUUUUAUUAAUUAUUUUAGAAUUAUUUGUAUUUAAUUUAUUUUUUAAAAGAGGACACCACUAUGUAAAAUUUCUGGGUCCGCCACUGCUAGCUGCCAUGUCAACACAUGCAACCGGAACCAAUAAAGUCAAUAUUAGCUUCAAAUUUGAUUAGGGAUUUAGGUAUUUCAAAAUUCGGAGUUUGAUUUGAAUGUUAAGAUGAUAAUUAAUCUAAUUUAUAGAAUUACUUUGAUAAAAAAAAUGAAUUGCAAUUUAGUUCGUAAACAUAUUUUAUUGACUUGGAGACUUAGUGCUUAGAUCCUUAAUACUACCAUAUAAGGUCAAUCGUGCUAUUUCAAAAUUUAUGGGGUGUCACAACUCACAAGACAUUUCCUGAACCACUUGACCCCACUUAUGACUACGAUAUUAAGAGUUAAUUAAAUACCAACUUUCGAUCAGAUACUCUUACAUCGUAUUAAGAACCUCUUUAUCUUCAUAAUGUCAUUUUCCACCAUAACCUCAAUUAUUUUUUAUUCAAGAAAGGGUGCUUGAAUUUUUUUUAGUAAAACCCUACACCCUGUUUGUUCAUGUUUGUACAAAUUUGUAUGGAACUCUUGCAAACUGUAAAGUCCAUGCUAUGGGUCCCUCUCCAACACCCAUAUAAUGCAUCCACUUGCCUAACACACCACGGCUACAUAAUAAUGUUGGACAACAUGUUUGUGUUUGAAAAAAAAAAUCUACACAAAAAAAAAACAAAUAAAUAAUUGCAGAACUUCCAAUAGAAAAGCCCUCAGAAUCCCUAUAAAUACCAUAGCUUGUCUACAAAGAUUGAUAUCACCAAACUCCCAAAACCAUCAAACCCCUCUUGAUAUUUCUCCUUUCUCUCCCUUUCUUCAUCUUUGAAUCUCACCCUCAUUGUCCAAUAAUGUCUCCUGUGCCCAUUUCACAAAUCAAUACCGGCCAUAUCGAUGAUGUUCAAGAGCUAAGGAAGGCUAAGCCAACCUUGAUUCCCGAGAGAUUCGUGAGAGAUGCAACCGAGAGGCCAACACUUCAAUCCGCUAACCGUUUUCCGACAACUUGUGUUGUUCUCGAUCACGAUAGUUAUGACGUCCCCAUCAUCGAUUUGUCCAAACUCAUGAAAGUGGAUGAAGAUGAAGGUUCGUGGAGAGCAGAGAUUCUGAAGCUUAAGAGAGCUUGCCAGGAUUGGGGAUUUUUCCAGGUAGUCAACCAUGGGAUCGAUUUGAGCUUAGUUGAAGGGAUAGAAGAGGUGGCAAAGGAGUUCUUCAUGCUUCCAUUGGAGGAGAAGCAGAGGUAUCCCAUGGUGGCAGGGACAGUUCAAGGGUAUGGUCAGGCAUUUGUGUUCUCUGAGGACCAAAAGCUUGAUUGGUGCAACAUGUUUGCUCUUGGAGUUGAGCCCCAGUUUAUAAGGAACCCAAAACUAUGGCCCAAAAAUCCACCCAAGUUCAGUGGAACUGUUGAAGAUUAUUCCAGAGAAGUGAGGAAGCUGUGCCAGAACCUACUGAACUCCAUAGCCAUAACUCUUGGCCUGAAAGAAGGAACCUUCAAUGAGAUGUUUGGAGUGGGAGUGCAAGCCAUAAGGAUGAACUACUACCCACCAUGUUCAAGGCCUGACCUGGUUUUGGGCCUCAGCCCACAUUCUGAUGGGAGUGCACUAACAGUUCUCCAGCAAGGGAAGGGCAGCUCAGUUGGUCUCCAAAUCCUCAAGGAAACCAAGUGGGUGUCUGUUCAGCCAGUCCCUAAUGCUCUGGUCAUCAACAUUGGGGACACCUUGGAAGUACUAACGAAUGGGAAAUACAAGAGCGUGGAGCACAGGGCAGUGACCCACAAGGAGAAAGACAGGCUUUCGAUUGUCACAUUCUAUGCUCCCAGCUAUGAGGUUGAGAUAGGACCAUUGCCAGAAAUGGUGGAUGAGAUUAACAACCCUUGCACUUACAGAAGGUACAAUCAUGGAGAAUACAGCAAGCACUAUGUCACUAGCAAGUUGCAAGGCAAGAAGACCCUGGAUUUUGCCAAGAUCAUUAACUAGCUUAUGAAUUAGCUAAAUGUAUUAUUAAGUAAAUAGUGUGGAACUUUAUUAUCAACUUUUGAAUUAGCAUUAGCAAAGUAGUAAGUAAAGUUGCAGACUUUUGUACAUUAUAUGUUUCUAUGGUGGGUCCUAAGCAAUGAUCAUAAGGAACUACCCUUUUGUCAAAAGUUUGGUGGUUGGUUGAUACUAAUAUGGAAAAAUAUGUCACUUUUCCACUGAUUUUCAUUCUUAGAUUCCUUGACUGGGGAAACAAACAUGCAAUGAUUUAAGGGCUAAAUCCACCAUAAAAAAAGAACAAAGAUCUAGCUCAAAUAUGUCCCACUUCCUUAACUCAUUUUGACAUGGUUAGGUCUUUCAUUAGAUAGUUAUUUAUAUAUAAAAUAGAGUUUGUUGGAUUUUACUAGGGGUCGUUUGGAAGUUGUGAUUGUUAAAUAGAUGUAUUGUUGAGAAUGCAUGUACAAUAUUAUACAUGUAUUGUCGAAUUUGAUGCAUUGUAGAAUACAAUGUUUGGUAUGUAUGAUUGUGUAUGUCGCAUAAGCUAAAAGCUGAGACAAAACAAUCUCAACUCAACUAUCUCAACAAAACAAUCACAACUAAAAGUUGAGAUAUAACAAUCACUCAAAAUGAGUGAUAGUUUCUGUCACAUCACAGAAACAAUCCAUGUAUUGUUUCUGCUAAAAAAACAAAAAAACGAUGCAUUGUAAACAAUACAUGCAUAAUGACAAUCUCAACAAAACUAUCGCAACUUCCAAAUGACCCCUAAAUUUUUUCGUGAAUGGAUAUAAAUUAGUUGCUUUAUACCUCAAUCUCGAUCUCUCACAUGUUAGAAGUUUCUUUAGUCUAGUGAAAGUUAUUGGAAGGAUCGUCAUUGAAAUUUGUGGGAGGUUACUAAAUCUACUAAAAUUUUGUGGAAUUAAAUAGAUAGGUCGUCAGAAAUCAACUAAACUCCUAACUUUCUAGGGUUCAUAGGAAGUUAUUAUUUAUUAUAGUCUAAACAAAAUUUAUUAGGUUGGUCAUGUUGUUGGAGUUCAUUAGCAAGUUUUUUUAAGUAUAGUUGAUUGUUUGAUCUCUCAGCUCAAACGGUUUGAUCUCUCAGCUCAUUAGCAAGUUUUUUUAAGUUUUUUCUUUGAAGUAGCUAGAUAACCAUAUUAUGAGAUUUUUAGAUCAAACGGUUGAUGUUUCAUCAACAAGUUGGUUACAGAGAUACCAUAUGUAAACAACAUAUUCAGAUUGUCGCGCCUUGUCUCAAACAAAUUUCAUUAAAAACAAGUUCUCCUAAGAUAAACAUUGAUAGUAAUUAUUUGAUAAAAGUACCGACUUCGAAAUCUAAGAAUUGGUGAUACAUCGCUCUUGCCAUCUUAUUCGAAUCAAACCAACUUGAAAUAGCGUCAAGUGUCGUGAACCAAAAAGUCAAUCUUCUAAACCCGUGACUAAAUGAAGAAUAGGUACAUUAACUUAAAUGAAGAAUAGGUACAUUACUCAAUCCACCAAUCAUGAGAGUAAUUUGACGAAAUGACUAAAAUGUGAUGCAAUUUAGGUUUACUCUCUUUUCCCUUCCUGGCAAUAAGAGAAAGUGGGCAAAAUCAUUUAGGGCCUCCUUCUAUUGUUCAAAAUGUGGAUGGAAUCUACUUUGACAUUAUUGAGUGCAUUAUAAGGGAAGUAGUUAAACAUUAUUGGCAGGAAGGAAUGAAGAAAGCAGAAGCUUUUGAGCACAUUGGUUCAAUUCGAGCACUGAGGGGAAGCAAGUUGGCUUCAUUUUGGCUCUUUGUUUGCCGAAAUGACCGGUGCGACUCUGAGUGGUAAAACAAGCUGCUGAGCGCAAACAAACACAGAAUAUCAACUUUUUUAAUCCGGCGAGAAUUGUAAAAGAGAACUAGAAAUAAUGAAAUAAUUAUGGAAUU